AUGCCCCGGGGCAGGCGCGGGAGCCGAGUGAGCGCCCUGGAGGCUGGCGGGGAGGAGGAGGCGCCCCCGGCGCGGUCACAGUGUCCGCAGCAGACCCAGGCGGCGGAGGAGCAGAUCUUGCUCAGGGGCAUCUUCGAGAUCGGGAGGGGCAGCUGCGACGUGGUGCUCAGCGAGCGCACCCUGAGCUGGCGGCCCAUUCAGCCCGAGCGCCCGGCAGGUGAUGUCGAGUGUGAUUUGCUGUGCAAAGAAGAAAUUAUUGAACUAAAAGACAUAUUCUCUGUGAAACUGAAGCGGCGUUGCUCUGUUACACAGCGGAGAAGUGGUACUUUAUUAGGUAUCACACUUUUCAUCUGCUUGAAAAAAGAGCAAAAUAAGUUAAAGGAUUCUACACUUGACCUUAUCAAUUUAAGUGAAGAUUACUGUGACAUAUGGUUUAGACAGUUCAAGGAGAUUCUGGCAGGUUUUUCAAAUAGACCAAAGUCAUUAAAAAUACUCCUUAACCCCCAAAGUCACAAAAAAGAAGCUGUCCAAGUCUAUUAUGAGAAAGUUGAACCUCUGCUGAAGCUUGCAGGAAUAAAGACUGAUAUAACAAUAACAGAAUACAAAUGGCACGCUCUGUCUCUGCUUCAGGAAUGUGAGCUCCAGGGAUUUGAUGGUGUUGUCUGUGUUGGUGGAGAUGGAUCUGCUAGUGAAGUGGCUCAUGGCUUGCUUCUUAGAGCCCAGAAAAGUGCUGGGAUGGAAACAGACCACAUCCUAACUCCUGCCAGAGCACAGCUUCCACUUGGAUUUAUACCAGCAGGAUCUACUAACAUCUUGGCACAUUCUCUUUACGGAAUCCCUCACGUGGUAACUGCGACUUUGCACAUUAUAAUGGGCCACAUACAACCAGUCGAUGUCUGCACUUUUAGUACCCGUGGUAAGCUGCUUCGCUUUGGGUUCACAGCCAUGUUUGGCUUUGGUGGAAGAACUUUGGCUCUGGCAGAAAAACAUCGAUGGAUGUCUCCAAACCAACGGAGAGAUUUUGCUGUCAUUAAGGCACUGGCAAAGCUUAAGCCAGAGAAUUGUACAAUAUCAUUUUUACCAGCUAACAGCUCUCAGGAUGUACUUGAGAAGGAAAGUAGCCAGUCACUUCUGUUACCUUUAGACUCUAGUGAUCAGUGGCAAAUGAUCCAGGGUCAGUUCUUCAAUGUGAGCAUCAUGGCAAUCCCUUGUCUGUGUUCAGCGGCACCUGCAGGUCUGGCACCUAACACCAGAUUAAAUAAUGGAAGCAUGGCUCUUAUAAUUGCACGAAACACUACUCGGCCAGAAUUUAUAAAACACCUGAAAAGAUAUGCUAGUGUGAAAAAUCAGUUCAGUUUUCCAUUUGUUGAGACUUACACAGUUGAAGAAGUAAAAGUUCAUCCAAGGAAUAAUCCUAAUGGACACAAUCAAGAAGAGGGUGGACCUCACGAAACUGCUUCAGAAAGCAGUUUCCCUUGGAAUGUAGAUGGUGAUUUAAUGGAGGUUGCAACAGAGGUGCAUGUUAGAUUACAUCCAAGACUUAUCAAUCUUUAUGGAGGAAACCUGGAAGAAGUGAAUGAUUCCAAUGUAACAUGUAAUUGUUUAUAA